CAGGGAAGAGGUAACUAUAAAAGCCUUGCUAAAAUAAGAGUAAGACAGAGGCGAGGACAGAGAGACUUAACCAGGAUAAUUAACGCUGUAAUUAUCUUCUAGGGCAGACCCAGGAGACGGACUUGGAGCCAGGAUCCAGACGGCCAUCCAGGUGUCAGACGAACGGCCAGGAGUCAGAAUGAGGUCUCUCAUCCCGUGUGUGUUCCUGUGUGUCUUCAUCUCCCUCUGCCACUGCUAUGAUUCUGAAGAGAGCAGAGAAUCCUAUGAAGAUUAUUUUGUCAGUCCAAGCCGAGCCAACAGAUUCUUAAACUCACGGGGGAGACCUGCCAACACUCCCCCAAGAGGCAGCACUUUCAACAACUUCAACAGUGUGAGAAAACCUCCAGCAGAGAUGCGCUCAGAGGUCUGUGAGGAUUUCAACCCCUGCCGCUCCUAUGCCCGUCACUUCGGUUCUGAAAACGCCUACAGGAAAUAUUUUGGCAAUUCAGGCCCAAUGAACCCCCGUAGGAUCUAAGUCUCUGUCCGCCCUAUCAUAGAAAUUAUACCUGCUAUAAAUGAUUGGACUGAAUGCUCAAUCAACACACACUAACCUAAAAGAUUGUUGAUCAACUGAAACAUUUGUUAGAACAUUUAAAUGAGUUAAUAUGUAUAUUAUUAGUGUUCAUAAUUAGCUGAAAUGUCCAAGGGGAAGUUCUCCCAAUUUACUAAGGGGCUCUUUGGUGCCAUCACUGUGCAAGGUAUCUAUAGAUAUUGUUGGACAAUUCUCUUUGCACUUUGGUUCAGUUCUCUGCCACUGUUUCCGAACGCUACUAGUUGUAGCACAAAUUUCAUACAAGACCACUAUUAGCAUUUUUCAAGCGUAAUGUACAAAAUGUCAGACUUUAUCAGAAAUUGAUUGUAAAGUUCAACAAAGAUUAAUAAAUGGGAUUUGGGCUAUAAAUAAAUUGGAUUUGGGUUGUAACGUUAGCAGUUUGGAAACAGUGGCAAAUUGAAGCAAAAAAGGGUUUUUGUCAAGUGUUACAAUGGUCAGUUAUGUAAUUUGGGUGAACUAUCCCUUUGACAAUAUAAGAAACACUUUACAGAUCAGACAAUAUAUAACACACACAAAUAACUCUUUCCAUAUAUUCUUUCUCAUUUGCCACCUAUAAUGUAACUUUAGCCUACUCAAAGUCACCACACCUUCAUGCAAUAAAGGCUUUUUUUGAAGUA